AUGCAAGGCGAAACUUAUCGAGUCUUCUGUGUGGGAACCGUCGAUACAAAGCUUGAUGAGCUGCGAUUCCUCGCGGGAUCAGUGCGAUCAAACAUCGGCGCCUUCUCCAGCAACUCAUCCUACAAGGUCGAGGUUGCGAUUGUGGAUGUUUCGGCGAGUACUGAUCAUCACAAGGAGACGGAGAAUGUCGAGGGGUUUGGAUUUGUAACAAGAGAAGAAGUUCUAUCAUGCUCACCCGAGAAUAAAAAGCUUCCCGAUGAUAGGGGCGAAGCAGUUGGUGUCAUGAGUAAAUGUCUUGAGAAUUUUCUCAGGCAAGCAUUUGAGGAUAAUUCUCUUGCUGGGGCAAUAGGGCUUGGCGGAAGCGGAGGAACAUCGCUCAUAUCAUCUGCCUUCAGGUCUCUCCCGAUUGGGAUUCCAAAGGUCAUUGUGUCGACUGUGGCCAGUGGCCAAACCGAACCUUAUGUUGGGACAUCAGAUUUGGUUUUGAUUCCUUCCGUAGUAGAUGUCGCUGGUAUCAACAGUGUGAGUAGGGCGGUGUUUUCAAAUGCCGGGGCUUCUUUCGCCGGUAUGGUUGUCGGGAGGCUUGACACGUUUAGAAACUCCCCGAGUGAGAGCGGGAAAUGCACUGUGGGUAUAACUAUGUUUGGGGUCACAACUCCCUGUGUAACUGCGGUUCAAGAUCUAUUAACACGACAAGGUUACGAGACACUUGUGUUUCAUGCCACGGGUGUCGGUGGCAGGGCAAUGGAGUCUUUGGUUAAACAAGGGUUUAUACAGGGAGUGAUGGAUAUUACAACAACCGAGGUUGCAGACCAUGUAGUUGGAGGGGUGAUGGCAUGCGAUAGUUCCCGUUUCGAUAUUAUCAUAGAAAAAGGAAUACCGUUGGUUUUGAGUGUAGGGGCCUUAGACAUGGUGAACUUUGGCAGCAAAGAUACAAUACCUUCUCAUUUCCAAACAAGAAACAUUCAUGUUCACAAUGAACAGGUUUCUCUCAUCCGAACUACAGCACAAGAGAAUAGAAUAUUUGCAAGGUUUAUUGCAGAUAAACUGAACAAGUCAACAUCAAAAGUGAGGGUUUGCCUUCCAGAGAAAGGUGUCUCAGCACUGGAUGCUCCGGGAAAGCCUUUCUAUGAUCCAGAAGCCAGUGGCGCUCUCAUAAAUGAACUGCAGAGGCUUAUUCAAGCAAGUGAAGACAGACAGGUCAAUAUAUAUUCUCACCACAUCAAUGACCCUGAGUUUGCAGAGGCAUUGGUUGCUUCAUUUCUCGACAUCUGUCCGAAAACCGACGCGCAUAUCAAACCCUCUGAAACGGCUGCAACAAAACCUAGCACUGGAGAGCCUAACGAUGCGCACCUGUCUGAGAUGAAACCGAGGCCUGAAAGGAUUCCAUACAGUCCCAAAGAUUUCCCCAAUGCAAAACCAGAGACCCUCGAACGAACUCAGACCAUUUUGGGACGGCUAAGAGAUCAAAUAGAGAAGGGAAUUCCAAUAAUCGGGGGAGGUGCUGGCACGGGAAUAUCUGCAAAGUUCGAGGAAGCUGGUGGGAUUGAUUUGAUAGUGAUAUACAACUCUGGACGUUUCCGGAUGGCUGGAAGAGGAUCCUUAGCAGGCUUGCUUCCAUUUGCUGAUGCCAAUGCCGUCGUGCUUGAAAUGGCAAAUGAAGUUUUACCCGUAGUGAAGGCGGUGCCUGUUCUUGCUGGGGUAUGCGCAACUGAUCCAUUUCGACGUAUGGACUAUUUUCUGAAGCAGUUGGAGUCCAUUGGGUUCGUUGGUGUCCAGAACUUUCCAACCGUAGGUCUCUUUGAUGGUAAUUUUAGACAAAAUCUCGAGGAGACGGGAAUGGGAUAUGGCUUGGAAGUUGAAAUGAUCUCAGAAGCGCAUAAAAUGGGGCUGUUGACCACUCCGUAUGCUUUCAACCCCAAGGAAGGAGAAGAAAUGGCGAAAGCAGGAGCUGAUAUAAUAGUAGCACACAUGGGUCUAACCACAUCCGGAAACAUUGGGGCGAAAACCGCAGUGUCAAUGGAAGAAAGCGUUGUUCGUGUACAAGCUAUUGCAGACGCUGCUCGUAGAUUCAACCCUGACAUCAUUGUGCUCUGCCACGGAGGUCCUAUAUCGGGACCAGAAGAGGCAGAGUUUGUGCUGAAGAGAACAGAGGGUUGUGUGCAUGGCUUCUAUGGAGCAUCAAGUAUGGAAAGGCUACCUGUAGAGCAAGCUAUAACAAGCACUGUUCAGAAGUACAAGUCCAUAGCAUUCAAGUGA